UAGGUGAAUGUUGGUGUCACGAACGUAUGUGUAUAUAUGUCAUAUGUUUCAUUUUGCAGUAGAAAAGUAGAAGAAAAUUAUUUACAUUGCACCCCAUAUUAAAGAAUAUAUUUUUUAAUGAUCGUCCAUCCCGGUUCAUAAUGAUUAUAGAGCAACCUGAAGCGUUUAAAACAUGGUUAGCGGCCGUGUUGAAACCCAUGUGUGACGCAGACCCUGCGGCGUUAGCAAAGUACGUUCUGGCUCUGAUCAAAAAAGAUAAGUCUGAAGAGGAACUUCACAAAAUCAUGGUUGGGCAGCUGGAAGUGUUUUUAGAAACUGAGACUGAAUCUUUUGUAAAUUUAGUGUUACGCACUCUCGAAACGCAGGAUUAUAUAACAACACCCGUUAUACCAAAUACAAAUCCUCCAAAUCCAAUCUUGAUGAAAUCAACCAAAGAACCAAAGCCAAUUGUCCAUCCUAGUGAAUUACCCAACUUGAAUGAAACUGUGAAUGGUUCCAACGCGGUACGCAAGGAGCAUGAAUCAAAACGAGACAGAGAAAUGAGGGAAACGAGGAAAACUGAACCUACUGACAAAGAAGAAAAAGCGCGCGUCCGUUCCCGCCACCGAUCCUCUUCCAGAAACCGCUCCCGGUCCCGAUCGUGGGACCGAUCAAAACGCUCCAAAUCCCGGGAGCGGGAACAGCAUAGAUUAGAGAGAGAAAAACGCGACCGUCCACGGACGUGGCGCAACAAGUCGCCUCCUCGCCGCUUCGACCGAAGACGUUCUCGCACACCGUCGCCGUCUAGAGGGCGCUCGCGAUCACGAAGCCCCAAACACCCUCACCGAGGUAACAGAUACAGAAAUAGAACACCACCACGAAGCACCAGUCGAAGCAGAUCGCGGUCCGCGGAGAAGACACGGAAAGACAGCUUCAAAGACAAGGAAGUAAAAGAUGGGCACUCAAGACCGGGAACGCCAACCCAGGACUCCAAUCAUGGGGACAUGGAUCUGCGUCUGACCAACAGUACGCAAAGUAUACAGAGUGUCGUGAUUCAGCAGAACUCGAAGAGGAGAUGCAGGGAUUUUGACGAGAAAGGAUACUGCAUGAGGGGCGAAAUGUGUCCCUUCGAUCAUGGGGUGGAUCCAGUGGUGCUAGAAGAUUCUGCUUUGAGUAGUGUGUUGACUUAUAAUCCUAACAGCGCACCAACGGACGGACCUCCGAUUGGGGCGCCGUUGUUGAAUCCUGCCGGACAUCCAAUGAUGGGACCGAGGGGGAUACCGCCCGAGUACAAUCCACAGGCGCCGCAGAUGUGGAAUAGACCCGGGUUCAGAGGUCCGAGACCCAUGGGGAUUCCGAGGGGUCCCAUGAUGGGCACGUUCCCCACCCAGCCCAACAUGCAACGUGAGCUGAUUCCCGUCCCCGUCAUGGACAACAAACAAGCCGAUCAAUACCCAGCAGUCGGUUUCCGCCAACAACCGAACUUCACUGGUACCAACAACAAUGAUCACGAAGCAACACCUUUCAAAAAGAAAAGUUUUGACUUCAAUCGCCUUGGUCCCCGAUCAAAAAAUCCAGCAAAUUGUUCUUUAGAACUGAAGAAAAUCCCACAGGGCCUAAACAGCAUUACACACUUGAAUAACCAUUUUUCAAAAUUCGGCAAACCCAUCAACAUCCAAGUGAACUACGAAGGGGAUCCGGAAGCGGCAAUAGUCACGUUUUCUAGUCAUGCCGAAGCCAACGCCGCCUACCGAAGCACGGAAGCGGUACUCAACAAUCGAUUCAUCAAGGUGUUUUGGCAUAACGGCAGCACUGAAGGUAAACAGGAGAAUGUUCCUCCUCGUUCCGUUAAAGAUCGCCUUGGGGUGCCAUCCAUAGUACCACCUAAUACUAACAAAGUUCUAAAUUUAGUGCAACCGCGUGCAGAUAAUGCAACCGAGUCCGCUGAAAAUCAAAAAGAAAGCGGAAAAGCGGUUGUUAGUAAGGAAGAUACCAAGGCUCAGGCAGCCGCCGCUAUUAAGAAGAAUCAAGAGCUGUUGGCAGCCAAAGAAAAACUUAAGAAAAAUCAAGACGAACAGAGAAAGGAAGUGUUGAAGAUUAAAAAUAAUCUUAGAAAGAGGAAGCAAGAACUGUUAGAGAAACAGCUGUCGCAACAGAAAAUCCUGAUUGAAAAGAUGGAAAAACUUUCAGCUGGACCCCAGCGUGACCAGAUAAUGGAAACUAUCAAAAAAACACAAGAAUCCAUCGAGAGCAUCAAAAAAGAUCUGGUACAGUCGGUCCUAACAGUAAAAUCGACACCUCAAAAGAAAGCAAAAGAAGAUGUUCAAAGAGAAAUGUUAGAUGCCGAGUUGGAUUUAAUUACCAAACAGCAAGAAGGCGCUGAUACGUCUGAAAUACAAAAGAAACUAUUUGAAUUAAAAGCACGAGCCGCUAUGACCCGAGGCCGUGGUCGCGGACGACGUUAUACACAAGUCAGUAGGCAUUUGCUUACCAAAAACAAUCUAAUUGACAACGGAGGUUUGAAAGGGAACAUUAAAUCCGUAAAUAAAACCUCGUUCCAAAAACACACUGUAGAUCACAGACCCACUCGAUUAUUAGUUUCUGGAUAUGAAGCUGAUGAACAAGAAAGUGUCUUAAAUCAUUUUCAGCUGUUUGGCGAAAUCGGCGAUUAUACUGUUGACUCCACUUUACCCAGUAUAACUUUGACUUACAAAACACGGAAAGAGGCUGAGAUGGCCAUGCUGAAAGGAAAACAUUUUCAUGAUCGGACAUUGUCAAUCACGUGGUGCACCGGUCCGAUUAGCAAUCAAAUGACAUCGAGACCAACUCCUCGCAAGUCACUGAUGUCCGAAUCUGAAGAAGACAGAUUAAUUGAUCAGACUUUGCCUGAAGGAGAGGAAGACUUGGGCCCCGAAAUAUCCGAAGAAGCUUUGCUUCAAGACGACGAGGAAGAAGAAGAAGAAAGCGAAGACCGGUCUUGGAGGCGAUAGUUUCGUCGGUUUUUGAUUUUCUUUCAUUCAUUUGACAGUUGAUCUGGUGGCCAUAUUCGUUUUGACAUCUGUCAUGUGGAAAAAUGUGUUUUGUUUUUCUUUUUUUUGUGAGGUUUACUUGCUUGUAAAAUUUUUAUGGUAUAUAUUUGUAUAGAGGCAUUUCUUAAUUUUAUUUUGCUUUCUUAUGUAAACUAUGAAUUUGUUUUCGGGUUAAAUGUGUUAUUUGAAAACAAAUUUUUAGUGGUUCUGUUUGUUUAUAUAAUAAGAUGUUAUGGAUAAGAAAAAAAAAGAUGCUCCCCAAAAAAUAAAUAAAGAAAAUAUAUAUUAAUAAUAAAGAAUAGAAACAAUUUUAGAAAAC